AUGUUUGGCUGCGUAGGUGGAGGAAAUAUUGGGAAUAGUGGUGGUGCUGGCGUUAGAUUUGGGGGCAUGUCCGGUUGUGUUGGUGGAUCAAAUAUUGGAAGUAGUGGUGGUGUUUGUGUUAGCUCGGGUGGUACGUCUGGUUGUGUUGGUGGAUCAAAUAUUGGAAGUAGUGGUGGUGUUGGUGUGAGCUCGGGUGGCAUGUCUGGUUGUGUUGGUGGAUCAAAUGUUGGGACUAGUGGCGAUGCUGGAGAGGCAUCAUCUGGAGGUGAUAGCCAUGGAAGUAUUGGUGAUGGUAUCAGUUCAGGCGGGGGUGGAGAUGGAACUAACGGUGGUGGUGAUGGGAAUAUUAUUGGUAUUUCAGGAGAGGGAAACAAUGGAGGGGGUGGAGAUGGAACUAGAGGUGGCGGUGGGAAUAUUAUUGGUAUUUGA